CACCGCUCCGCCCCGCGCCGCCGGCCGGGCGGGACGCGGCGGGACGGGCCGGCCCCGUGGGCAGGAGGCAGGAGAACGUGGUUGGACACGAGAAACACCCCCGGCUGUGCUGGCAGCCUCACGCAGGCACCGGCCGCUCUCCGCUUGAUCUGGCUCGGCUUGAGCUGACCUGCAGGAGAAACAGCUUCCAGAGUUUUCCCAUUGUCAAAGAAAAAUCGUGUUUGUUCCUAAUGUACUGAAACAGUUUGGCACCUGAUAGAACUAAAUUGCUGAACUAUCACUGCCCCUCAGCUGUGAGAAUUAUUGUUCUUCACAUCUGUUGAACCUGCAAACUCCUGGAUGGAACAGGCAGAGAUUAACCGGGUCGUGUCCCAGCAGCCGGUGCCCGAGGUGCUGGUGUGAUGCUGAGCGCUGCGGGUCGCGGUGGGAGCCAUGCUGGUCAGCAGGGCCAUGGGGAAACUGCACAGUAAAAACAGCCUCCACACCGCCAAAUACAGGGCCGAUGGCUCCAGGGAAGGGACAGGACCCGCGGGGCAGCUCGGCCCCGUGCACACCGACGGCGUCACCUCUGUGGCUGCACUCGAACCAGACCUGUGCGUGUCAGGAGGAGGGGACAAGAGCGUGGCCGUUUGCAGCUGGAGAUCCGGGGCUGUGCUGCGGAGGUUCCUCGGGCACGAGCGGGAGGUCACCAAGGUCACCUGUGCCCCUGACUCCAACAGAGUCUUCAGCGCGUCCCGGGACAAGACGGUGAUGAUGUGGGAGCUCCACGGGACUCCGGGGCCAAGGCAGCGCUUCCCAGGACACAACCUGGUUGUUACUGGCCUGGCAGUGAGCCCGGAUGUGUCCCAGCUGUGCACGGGUUCACGAGACAACACCGUGUGCAAGUGGGACAUUGAGACCGGAGAGUGUCUGGGCAGAGCCGCUAUCUCCAGGAAUCUGGUGACACAUCUGUGCUGGGUUCCUGGGGAGCCUUAUGUCAUCCAGACCUCCGAGGAUAAAACCAUCAGGGUCUGGGACAGCCGGGAGCUGCGGGUGGCACACACGUUCCCAGCCAAGCGGCACAUCCAGACGUGCUGUGACGUGAGCCAGGACGGGCGGUUCUGCCUCAGCAGCAGCAGCGGCUCCGGCGGGGAGGGCGGCCAGGCCACCCUGUGGGACCUACGGCAGACGCGGAACCAGAUGUGUGAGUACAAAGGGCAUUUCCAGACCACGACCUCGUGCGUCUUCCUGCCCCAGGGCCCAGCGUUCACCCCCAGCGUUGCCACGGCCUCGUGUGACGGCACCGUGAAGGUCUGGGACCGAGACACUGGAGCCUGCCUGGCCACCUCCUGCCCGCCGGGCUCAGGCCCGCUGGCCUCACUGGCCGCCUGCGCCGGCUCCACGCUGCUCUGUGCCAGCCUCAACUCGGGCAUCCACGUGCUGCGGGUGAGCGACCGCGCGGACCUGGCGCUGGAGGAGGUGGCAGCGUUCUGACCGCGGUGACAGAGAGCGCCCUGCAAGGGGACACCGCCCGAGAGCUGCCCCCACUGCCAGCACCGGGGGACUCGGUGCCCGUAGAGCAGGGAUGUGCGGGCAGCGGGGCGGGGGAUUUAUUGCUGGUGGGAAGGCACAAGAGCCGUCUAGAGGACAAAUCCUGGAUGCGUUCAAGACGCGUUCUCGCUCCUGACCGAGCCAGGCAGAGCUGUGGGGGCCGCGGGGGGACGGCUGGGCCGGGACUGUCCCCCACCUGAGAAACACCCUGGGGAGCUUGUCCUGGCUGCAAAGCCACCAGGCUCAGGCCAUUCAGAACCAGCCCAAGCACACACGGUCAGGUAUUGGCUUCGAGAAGACGCUGCAAUUAAAGAGUUUUCUGUGGUGUUUGAGAUUUUUCUCUGUUACUCGCUGACCUCUCAGCCCAGAAUAUUUUCCUUGGGAAUAAGAAAGAGCCACUGCGCUGCUUGGGAGGAAGGAGAAAGCCCCCGAUGCUCUGCUAGAGAACAGUAACUUGUAAGCACAUUUGUUUGUUUGUUUUCUUAAAACACAAUCUCCAACUGCACUGCAGAUGUUCAAACAGAAUCAUCUUCACAUGCCCAAGGAACAACAGGGAGAGGAAUCGGUCUUCGCUUUUCUCCUGGAGGUUUUUAUGACAGCAGACAAAACAAACUGUGUUGGGAAGUACCUGGAAUUUCUCCAUUCCUUAGUCAGAGCCAGAGGCACGUUCAAAACAUGGUUUGAUUUUCCAGAACACAUUUGCAAAACCUCAAUUCCAACAACAAAUAAGAAAACUCCCAAUGGUGUUAAACGUGACAAUCCUACACUGAAACCGCUGCCUUCACAUCAUCUCAGGUGAGACGCAGCAAACACAGAACCAGGAGAUGCCUGUGUGGAUUUGAAACAGCUCGAGGUCAAGAGAUGGUACAUGGAAAGGAAAAAUUCCCCUGGCCUUUAACAUCCACUGUGAGUGAACACAGAGGGGGCACCAACCUCCUCAUUCAGAGCCAACCUUUGCUGACGCAGGGGAACCUCCUCUAACUGACAGCUUGUUUUAAUUUCUCUAAAUGCAAAUGAAGUUUGAAGCCGCAGAGUCCCAGCAAAGGCUCCUGGAAAAGGGAAGGUACGAAGGGUGUUAGCAGUGCUGAGGUGCUGGGCGGCUACAGACACAGAACAGAGAAAACCUGUGAGCCUGACGUGGAGGAGAAGGGGGAGGCAUACGGAUCACCUCCAAAUGGCAGCACAAAGCAGUAUCUACCUGUAGUAUAAAGGAAAAAAGUCCUAAAAAGUGGAAAAACAUCACCCAGGGUGCGAGUCUGAGCCCUGGCAAACACGGAUGCUCCAAAACCACCUCAACCCGAGACCAGACUGCUGCUGCAAUAGCUGAUUUCUUUUUUCUUUCAUAUAAAAAAAGCAAGUUUAAGUCCAAAGCCAUUAAUGUCUUGGUUCCAGUCCACCAGCAGCACCUCUGAGCUACUCGGCUGUCCACAGCUUGAAGGUUCUGUCGUAGGAGCAGGUGGCGAUGAGCUGCCCGUCCAGGGAGAUGUCCAGUCCCAUCACCUUCCCCUCGUGCCCCGCCAGCGUCUUCAGAGGGGACCAGCCGGGGUGAGUCCAGAUCUUGGCCGUGUUGUCGUACGCGCCCGUGAGCAGGAAGUUCCCGUGAUUGG